GAAGGUGACCGCCUGAGUGAUGAAGACCUGUAUAAGUUUCUUGCGGAUAUGAGAAGGCCAUCUUCUGUUCUACGGAGGUUGAGGCCUAUCACAGGUAUUUUGGUGAUCUUUCUGAGAAGGCUGAGGCCUUUUUUUAGUUUAGUAGCCACUGAUACCUUGAAUGGCUUCAAUUUUGUUUCUGUAUCUGUUUAAGUAUUUUGUUCUUCAGUAAGAGUACUGUAUGUGGGUCCAGUAAACCAUUUUAUAACACAUGAGUAGCUUCCAUGAGAUUCAAACAUUGGACAGAGAACUAAUUCCUUAUUUUUCCAUAGCUUAUCAGUGCUGAACUAGAAAAGUAAUAUUACAAAUUAAUCUUGUUUUCUCCCACUAUUCCUCUGAAACUGUUGUUUAUGUGGCUGGCUCCCUUGGUUUUUUUGGAUCUGAACGACUCAGAAUUCGGCCCCCAGGAGGAACAAAGUCUGAGAGGCCUUAUGAGUCAUUCUUGAUAGCAGCAAUUAUUUUUCCAACAAUGCCUUAAGCAAGUAAAACCUCUUCUAGAGAUUGACAACCCUAACCUUCCAGUAUAUUAUUUGCUGUUGCGCCAAAUUCCUUCUUUUGGAAAAGAAUUGUAAAUAUUUACUUUCUUGCCUUUUGACUAUUAAACUCAAAUAGGUAUUACAAGUAAAGCCCCCAAACUGAUCAGAUCUUAAAACAAUUUUACUAACCUUUUGACACAAGGCUGAAAAGUUGUUUCUCCUCUUCUUUCUGACUUAGCACCUGGUCGUGGCAGGCUGGUAGAUAGACCAGUGAUCAGACAGGCUGCUAGUGGACCGGUGAUCAGACUCAAGAUAAGGCAGCUACCUAUGUUCCUAUUAAAACAUACAUGAGCAAGUGGUCUUUCAGAAAGCGAAACUCUUACUUUUUUUAAUGCAGAACAAGAAAAUAUUUAAUGGCACGCUUUUAAAAUAAAUAAAUAAAAAGAAGGGUGUUAAACAUUAUUUUCUUGUUUUCCAAAGCAGUAGCUCUACUUACUAACUAGAAGCAUAUUUUUAAGUGAUUAAGCAGCAACAUUGUUAUGUUAACACUACACACACAAACGAUAACACUAUAUCACUAUAUUAUCCCAACACUGCUACUAUAUCAUGAUGCCUGCCUACCUAUGCAAAGCAACAUUAGAACUUGGUGGCUAAAAGUGGGGAAAAGGACCAUAUUUUGUUUUGUUUUUUUAUAUAAUAUUUAUUGGUUUUGCAAAAAAAAAAAAAAAAAAAAUUCCAAAAGAUGCAAAAAUACAAAAAUUCGACAGACAACAAUAACAAUGACAAAAAGCAAACAAAGAUAACAAUUUCCAUAACAAAGAAAGAAAAAAAAGAAAAAAAAAGAAAAAGAAAACAGAAAAAUUUAAAAGAUAUUAUACUUUCAUUUAACCUUCUUAUCUUUCCCUAGUUCUUUGACUUCCCCGCAUCUCCCCGCUUGUAUUUCCAUUUAAGAACUCCUUUCAGCAAAUCCUUACCCUCCUUUCUUUAUCUUAACUCAAAAAACUUAAUCUAUUUAUAUAUAAAUAUUUUUACAACCUUAUCAAUCAAAUAUUCCAUGCUCUUAAUCACAAAGCUUUUGCCAAUACCAGUUGUUUUCAAUCAGACCUCAAUUUAACAUUCAUUAAUUUUAUAGUAUUUCUGUAAAUAGUCUUUAAAUUUCUUCCAAUCUUCUUCCACCGACUCUUCUCCCUGGUCACGGAUUCUGCCAGUCAUCUCCGCCAGUUCCAUAUACUCGAUUACCUUCAUCUGCCAUUCUUCCAGAGUGGGUAAAUCUUGUGUCUUCCAAUACUUUGCGAUGAGUAUCCUUGCUGCUGCUGUUGCAUACAUAAAAAAAAGUUCUAUCUUUCUUUAGCACCAAUUGGCCAACAAUGCCCAAGAGAAAGGCCUCUGGUUUCUUUAGAAAGGUAUACUUAAAUACCUUUUUCAACUCAUUAUAUAUCCUUUCCCAGAAGGCCUUAAUCUUUGGGCACGUCCACCAAAGGUGAAAGAAUGUACCUUCAGUUUCCUUACAUUUCCAACAUUUAUUAUCGGGCAAAUGGUAGAUUUUUGCAAGCUGGACUGGGGUCAUGUACCACCUGUACACCAUUUUCAUUAUAUUCUCUUUUAAAGCAUUACAUGCUGUAAACUUCGUACCUGUGGUCCAUAACCGUUCCCAGUCAGCAAACAUAAUGUUGUGUCCGACAUCCUGUGCCCAUUUGAUCAUAGCAGAUUUUACCAUUUCAUCCUGAGUGUUCCAUUUUAGCAGCAAGUUAUACAUUCUUGAAAGUGUUUUAGUUUUGGGAUCUAGCAGUUCUGUUUCCAACUUUGAUUUUUCCACCUGGAAGCCAAUUUUUCUAUCCAAAUUAUAGACCUCUCUUAUUUGGUAGUAAUGCAACCAAUCUCGCACUCUAUCUUUUAAUUUUUCAAAACUCUGCAAUUUGAAUUUAUCUCCUUCUUGUUCCAAGAUCUCCCAAUAUUUUGGCCAGUUGGCCUCCAUAUUGGACUUUUUUAGGGCCUUUGCCUCCAUUGGUGAUAGCCACCUUGGGGUUUUAUUCUCCAAUAAGUCUUUAUAUCUUAUCUAGACAUUGAACAAUGCUUUCCUGACAAUAUGGUUUUUAAAUAUUUUGUGAGCUUUAACCUUGUCAUACCACAAAUAUGCAUGCCACCCAAACACAUUAUUGAAACCUUCUAAGUCUAAAACAUCAGUAUUUUCCAGAAGUAACCAAUCCUUCAACCAGCAGAAAGCUGCUGAUUCAUAAUAAAGUUUAAAGUCUGGCAGGGCAAUCCCCCUCUUUCUUUAGCAUCAGUCAAUAUUUUAAAUUUUAUCCUGGGCCUCUUGCCCUGCCAGACAAACUUAGAGAUAUCUCUCUGCCACUUCUUAAAACAGUCCAUUUUGUCUAUUAUUUGUAUCGAUUGAAACAAAAACAGCAUUCUUGGCAAUACAUUCAUCUUGAUGACAGCAAUUCGACCUAACAAGGAAAGCUUCAAAUUUGUCCAUAUUUCUAAAUCCUUUUUAAUGUCCGACCAACACUUUUCAUAAUUGUCUUUAAAUAAAUUCCCAUUUUUAGCUGUCAUGUGGAUCCCCAAAGAUUUCACUUUUUUUACCACUGUUAAACCUGUCUCAUUCUGAAACCUCUCUUUUUCAAUCGGUGUUAAAUUCUUCUCAAGUACUUUAGUUUUAAACUUAUUCAGCUUGAAACCUGCCACCUGACCAAACUCUUGAAUCAGUUCUAAUGCUCUUUUUGUACUAGAUUCUGGCUCCUGUAAUGUCAGUACAAGGUCAUCUGCAAAUGCUUUCAGCUUAUAUUGUUUCGCUCCGACCGUUAUACCCUUAAUCAGAUGGUCCCUUCUUAUCAUAUUUAACAAAACCUCCAGAACAAAGGACCAUAUUUUGUAAAGUUUUCCUGAUUCACCACCUGGUGAUGAUUGUUACUCAUCAUGGGCAGCCAGGCAAAUGGUUGCUUAUCAGAUUGGUUAUACUGCUAAUUUUUCUUUAUAGCUCAAUUGAAGAUAGACAUUUCUCCAGCCCCAGAAAACCCACAUUACUGUCUAACACCAGAGUUGCUGCAAGUCAAACUUUACCCUGAUAGCAGAGUACGACCAACAAGAGAGAUCCUGGAGUUUCCUGCAAGGGAUGUUUAUAUUCCAAAUACAACAUACAGGUAA